GGCUGACUCACCCUCCCUCGGCACCUCAGCUCUCACUCGAUUAGCCGCCGCGAACCUCGUCCUGCCGCCGAAGAAGAAGAACGGCGGCCGCCGGACUCUGGUGGUUGAACGGCAGGCAGCCAGUGGCACUUCCCCCGCCGACGCGUCGACUGGAUUGGAUUGGUGAUUCAUCCCAAUUUUAAAGGGGAGUUGUUUUCUUUUGUUGGGCACACUGCGGGUUGCUAUUUGCGUACAUCGCCCCCCCCCCCCCCCCCCCCCGGAGAAACUUGCAUACAGCACGAGAUAGAAGAUGGGUAUCCUGGAGAGGAUCAAGGAGAUUGAGGCCGAGAUGGCUCGGACGCAGAAAAACAAAGCAACAGAAUAUCAUCUUGGACAACUGAAGGCAAAGUUAGCAAAGUUGAGGACACAGUUAUUGGAGCCCCCAAAGGGUUCCAGUGGAGGAGGAGAUGGUUUUGAAGUCACAAAGUUUGGGCAUGGUCGUGUUGCACUUAUUGGAUUUCCCAGUGUUGGAAAGUCGACUCUUUUAACUAUGUUGACUGGGACACAUUCUGAAGCUGCGUCAUAUGAGUUCACAACCCUCACUUGCAUUCCUGGAAUCAUUCAUUACAAUGAUACCAAAAUCCAGCUUCUUGAUCUUCCUGGUAUCAUUGAAGGAGCAUCUGAAGGCAAGGGGCGUGGUAGACAGGUUAUUGCUGUUGCGAAGUCAUCAGAUCUUGUGCUGAUGGUUCUGGAUGCCUCAAAGAGUGAAGGACAUCGCCAAAUAUUAACUAGAGAACUGGAAGCUGUUGGACUCCGUCUCAACAAAAGGCCUCCCCAGAUAUACUUCAAAAGGAAGAAGACUGGUGGGAUUUCUUUCAACACCACGGUUCCUUUGACUCAUAUUGAUGAGAAGCUCUGCUAUCAGAUCCUGCAUGAGUACAAAAUUCAUAAUGCUGAGGUGUUAUUCCGUGAAGAUGCUACUGUGGAUGAUCUCAUCGAUGCCAUUGAAGGAAAUCGGAAGUACAUUAAAUGUGUUUAUGUAUAUAACAAGAUUGAUGUUGUUGGUAUUGAUGAUGUGGACAAGCUUGCUCGGCAGCCAAAUUCACUGGUGAUCAGCUGCAAUUUGAAGCUGAACUUGGACAGGCUACUGGCGAGAAUGUGGGAUGAAAUGGGUCUAACGAGGGUGUAUACGAAGCCACAGGGUCAGCAACCUGAUUUCACAGAUCCGGUUGUUCUUUCUACUGAUAGAGGUGGUUGCACAGUUGAAGACUUCUGCAAUCAUAUCCAUAGAAGUUUGCUCAAGGAUGUGAAGUAUGUUCUUGUAUGGGGAAUCAGCGCAAGGCACUAUCCUCAACAUUGUGGCCUUGGCCAUUGUCUUCAAGACGAGGAUGUUGUCCAGAUAGUAAAAAAGAAGGAAAAGGAGGAGGGCGGGCGAGGCCGGUUCAAGUCGCACACGAAUGCACCUGAUCGGAUAUGCGAUAGGGUGAAGAAAGCUCCUCUGAAGCAAUAAUCGGAUCGCCAAAUGCAUUGGAAUCAGCUUCUCCAAAUCAGAUGAACAACCUAUAGAUCAGAUAAUCUGGAACUAGCUGAGCCGGGUGCUACUUCUUGCAGCCCUAUUUUAUACCAGAAGGGCCGUAUUUAAAAGUAUUCACAUAGGAACCCCCUGUAUCUCUGCACAAUACCAGUGCACUGCAGUGUCACCAUGAAAGGUUAGAUAAUGUGUUAUGGGGUUUCUCUUACAUGCUAUUCUGAAUAAUUAUCACGAGACUUUGGAAAGAUAAAUGAGAGUUCUGCGAUGCUACCA